AUGGGAUUUGAUGCCAUCAUUGAUAACAAUAAACACAAGUUAAUAUGGUGCAGAUCGAUAUCUACGUUGUCAACCAUAUCGGAAGCAAUUAAUUUUACUAUAAAAAAGAAUUCAAUCUCGUUAUCAGCAAUCAAUGUUGCAAGAACUUCACAUGGGGAAAUAAUAUUCAAAGAUUCGUUUUUCAGUACUUUUGAAGUUGGUUUCAAUGAUAUUUUGCCAGAUGGAUUCGUGAAGGAUGUAAAUCAAGAAGACCGAUCGUAUUCUUUCAUGAUCAAUUCCAAACAUUUAGCCACAUUGUUUAAAAACUUAGAUUCAAAUAGUAUGAAAUACAUCAACUUAAAAAUACAUUGGUCAAAAUCAUCACCAAAUAACUUAAAGUAUAAACUUUUGAUUGAAAUAUUAAACAAAAAAAUGAUUUUGAAAAAAUAUCAAACUGGUUAUUUGCCAAUUACGAGGAAAGAAAUUAAAAUUGCAUCAGAUUACAAGGAACAAUUUUAUAAACAAGAAGAAAAUGAGGCGAUUAUAGCACCCCGUGAUAAAAUUUAUCAUAUGAUGAUUGAUUUGAUAAUUCCUAAACAAUUCUUAGAAAUGGUUCCUUCUGCUGCUGAAGAUUUUAAAAUUGAUAUCAAGAAUGAGAAAGUUCUGUUUGGUGGAUAUACAAAAGCUAUUGUUAAAGAUAGAGAUUAUAUCAAACAACCAAUGGCAGUUACAGUGACAAUUAGUCUUGACGAGCUAGCUGAUAGCAACUUGAUAGUUCCUGAAUCUGAUGGGGGACCAUUACGUCAAUUAGUCAAUUUUGGAAUGAAAGAUUUCAAAAAUUUUUUAAAUUUAAUUGGUUAUUUUACUUCUUCAGCUUCAUCUUAUGCUGAACAAUUUGACGAAGAAUAUGCAACAUUGGGAAAUCAAACGGAUUACUUUCAUGUAUACUUUAGAGAACCAGGCGAUCCAAUAUUAUUUGAUUUACAGAAUUAUCAACAUGUCGACGUACAAUUUAUUCAAAUCACAGCAGGCGACAAGUCAUUAAAUCACGAAAAUGAGAAGGAAAUUGAUCCACAAGCUGUUAGAAGACAUUUAUCUUUGGAAGCUCCAGUUAUACAUAAAGUUGACAAGCUACCCAUCGAUAUUCCAAAAGAGGUUGAUGCUGAACCCGGAUAUGGUACAGAGCAUAAUGAAGAUAAUGAUGGUGGUGAAUUUGGUUCUAGAGAUUCUUCACAAGAAGAAGCUUCUAUGAGAAAGUUCACAUUUGGGAGAUUACCAAAUGAUAAUGGUAAAAGCAAAUUGAGUAAGGAGAAUUUAGCUAGAAGAGAGGGCAGUGAUGGAUUUUUGUAUUCAGAUUUGAAUGAAGAUGUGGUAACAUAUACCAAUACAAGAGAAACCAAGAUGAAGGAAUAUGAUAGAGGAGCAGAAACGGAAUAUAGUGAUUCCGAAGAAGAAUUUGAAGGGCCACAGAUAAAGCGGAGAUUACUCGAUACACAGGACGAGUUAGGUCCAACACAAGCUGGUGAAAAAGUUGAAUCAAUAUUUUAA